UAAGGACGGCGCUCCUGCAGGAGCUGCAAAGGCUGGUAGUACAGCAGGGGAUAAUGUAAGACAGGAGAGUUCGAAAAAUUUAGUAGGUACAGGAGAUUCACCAGGUUUAACACGUUCAACGAGUUUAGGAGGUUUAGGAAGACAUGUAGAAGCAAGAGGUUCAUCAUUUUCUUCAGUUGCAGCAGCUGGAGUGCGAACACUUGGAAAAUUAGCAACAACUGUACUUAAAGGACCCUUGAUUCCUACAAUAGGAAAAAUCACUGGACAUGUUGCCCAUGCACCAUCUUUUUAUAAUUUAAGGCGUAGAUGGAAUAAAUUACUUGAUUCCACUGUUAAUACCCGUGGUAUUUUCGGAAGCAUAUAUGGCAAGUUAAGCUCAAAUUUUAUUCGUAACAUCAUCAUGGCUUCUGCAAUAUUUGGAACAUUUUUCUUCAUCUUCUGUUAUAACAUGUCUUAUGGAUUAAAAUCGGGUUCUCCAAAAAGAAAACAGAAAAAAAAAAUAUUUGAGCAUAAUUAUUACGAAGAGUAUGAAAAUGAGUUAGCAAUGUAUGAUUCACAAAAUGAGUCAUUAGAUUCUCAAGAGGAUCGAUAUUACUUGAAUUAUCAGCCUGAACGAUACUAUUAUUAUUA